AUGCGGCGAGUUGGAGACCUCGCUACUGCUUACCAACACUCAGAUUCACUUCCGUGCAGCGUUGUCAACAGAUAUCUACGUGUGCAGCUUGGAAUGAUUGCUUUCGAGAACGGGCGGUAUAGCGAAGCCGCCGAUAAAUUCAAAGAGAGUAUUCCCAGUCUAACCAUCAUCAACGGCAUCCAUCCUGAUCCUCAGCCAAUUGAACAUCCAGCUCCGCUACCGCCUUCUGUCUGCGUCUCUUCUACCCCCUACAUCAAAAAUAUUAGCACCCGCCUUCAAAACAGAUUCGAGCAGCGGGGCGUCCCGUCUGACCUUGAUGAGGCCAUUGAGCUCCAUCAGGCUGCACUACUCCUUCGUCCCCCCGGUCAUUCUUGUCGAUCGAUUACUCUCAACAGUCUUGCCUCUAGCCUUCGAAACAGAUUCGAGCAUCGGGGCGUCCCGUCUGACCUUGAUGAGGCCAUCGAGCUCCACCAGGCUGCACUACUCCUUCGUCCCCUCGGUCAUUCUGAUCGAUCGAUGACUCUCAACAAUCUUGCCCUCAGCAUUCAAAACAGAUUCGAGCAGCGGGGCGUCCCGUCUGACCUUGAUGAGACCAUCGAGCUCUAUCAGGCUGCACUACUCCUUCUUCCCCCCGGUCAUUCUCAUCGAUCGACGACUCUCAACAAUCUUGCCCUCAGCCUUCACAACAGAUUCGAGCAGCGGGGCGUCCCGUCUGACCUUGAUGAGACCAUCGAGCUCUAUCAGGCUGCACUACUCCUUCUUCCCCCCGGUCAUUCUCAUCGAUCGACGACUCUCAACAAUCUUGCCCUCAGCCUUCAAAACGGAUUCGAGCAGCGGGGCGUCCCGUCUGACCUUGAUGAGGCCAUCGAGCUCCAUCAGGCUGCACUACUCCUUCGUCCCCCCGGUCAUUCUCAUCGAUCAUGGUCUCUCAACGAUCUUGCAAACAGCCUUAAAACCAGAUUCGAGCAGUGUGGCGUCCCGUCUGACCUGGAUGAAGCAUUUAGGCUGUAUGUGCAACUCUCCUACCUAUCCCAUGCAGUCUCUCGUAGGGAUCUUACUACCGCCAAGUCAUGGGCCACCUCUGCCGAAAACACGAACCAUGACUCUGCAUUGCUUGCCUAUCAAACUGCAUUGAAAUUCUUAGAUCAGCAUGUUACUAUACUAUCGCCUUCUCCACACCUAUUUGAUGUCGUCAGGAUGGCCACAGCUUCACUUGCCAUGGACGCUUUCUCGUGCAGUACAGACCCUUCAGUCAUUUUUCAUGUAGAACCCCUGCCCCGGAUGUGCCAAAAGGUCGUAGAAUCAUGGCUAGCCAGUCCGCGGCCGGUGCAUGUAGGAUAA